AUGCAAUACGUGUUCUGGCCACAAUCUCUGGAAGAAGGAAAGCAUGGCUCUAGGACGGUCGUAGCUGUACGGGAGUCUGAUACAGGAUGGAUGGUAUUGGCACUUCUUGAAAAACAAGAAUAUUCGAGUUUAGUCAAAGCUGGAAGCUGUGAAAAAUAUGGGUUUACCAACAUCGGAAAGUGGGAAUCUAGCUCAGGAUUUACAUUUGAAUUUAGCAAAAAUACUGCGCUCUUUUUAGUGAAGUUCAAGCCUCCAAGACUUAAUUUAAUGCAAUUUUAUAGCUUAGAGCCUAUUGCGCUGGUUUUACCCGAAAAAGACUAUCUGAUCGGUUCCGCAGCUGGUAAUAAUCAUAACUCAUUGCGUGAGUUUCACAAGGGCUCAGAGCUCUCUGAAUUUGGACUUCGAAAAUCCAUUAAUCUCAUUAAUAUGUACCGCAAGCAUUUACAUCGGCUGAAUCUUGCCAGUGAAAAAGGGCAUUAUAGGGAAACUUCACAGUUGUCACUCCUAUUAGCGCGUGGAGCAGUUUUCCGAAGACCAGUUACAGGGCUGCGACGUUGCGCAGUCUACUUGACUAUCUGUGCACAUUUCUUGGCCGCUACUUUGGUCACCUUUCUUAAUAUGAAGCCACUGAAACUGGUGAACUUCUCAUCUACAGCACAGCAAAUUGACUUACGAUGUCGCCAGCUGUGCUACUUCCCUGAGCAAUUUCUUCGCAUUAACAACAGCGAAUCCUCGGGCAGCUCACAGAGAACAGACGUGAAAUCCCAAACCUCUCGUAUUCGAAUGUUCCCCUGCAACAGCUAUCCAGACUACAUCAGAUUCUACAACACAAUAUGGCUCAUAGCUAACGAUGUGUCUUUUGGGCUAUCCUUGGGCGCGUUACUGGCUGAAAAUCAAUGCAACAUAGCCGUUUUUUUGAAUGACAUGUUUACCAGAUGCCUUUACGAAAGAGUGCACUUUGUAACAACAGCUCUGAGUCAUAACCCAUUGGGAAUCAAGCUGAAUGGAGAGCUUGCAAAGUUUCUAAGCGACCUUUUCUUGUGGACCAUCGACUUCUCGUAUUCCAUGUACAUCAAGCGCAUUACAAGCACCAGAUGCAUCAGCAUUUUCAUCAGCAUUGUUUCCACAGCGUCGUGCUUCUUUGGUGUUACUUUUGCUCUUGCAAUCGCGGUCGAUUUCGUAUCGUUUCUUACCAUGCAUAUUUCCCUUUUUUACUUCAUCAGUGCCAAGAUGUAUCACUGGCAAUUGCAUGUCAUGCAAACGCUUUUAUACUUGUUUUGCGGCAAAAAGCGUAAUGUUUUGCGGAAUAGGGUGGAUUCGAACUUGUUCGAAUUAGAUCAAUUGUUGAUGGGAACACUUUUCUUCACAAUUUUGAUAUUUUUGUUGCCCACCUUCCUAAUUUUUUACGUCCUGUUCACCAUCUUACGCCUGUCAGUAUUAUUACCGGAGCUGAUUCUCGAGUUUGUCAUGGCUUUGUUAAAUCAUUUUCCUUUAUUUGUAUUACUGCUGAGGAUAAAAGACCCGAUGCGUAUUCCAGGCGGUAUUUUAUUACAGCCUAUUGGCGGAGGUCCCGAAUUUAAGCUGAAGAACAACCCUUUGAGCUUGAAGCAGAUUUUGAGACCAUACGCGGUGCUUCUCGCUACCAUGGUCGACAAUUACUUCACGCUAUCCACUUUCCGCGAAAUAUUAGUAGGCUUUCCAAUGACCAUCAAAAGACACAGGAUGUAUCGCGUUUUAUACUCAACCCUUCCUGAAGUCCCUACCAAGACUAGCGAAGUGUGGACAUCAUUGAUGUCAUUUACGAACAGUUAA